GAGACAAUGGCAGAUCCUUCAGUGGUGGAUCACCUGACACGUCUGAAACUCAAACUCCUAGAAAAGAGACUAGAAAAUGAACAGGAGAACCUAGAGAAGAUGGARUCAUCUCUCCCCGCUGCGAGGAACAGACCCGAGAACAUGCUCCAAAGUGCCCUGAGGAGAAGGAAAGACCUGCUGCAGGAGCUUAGGGAGCAGCAUCUUCUGGAGGAGCUUUCAAGGCCACCUGCACCAUCUGGGGGAGACUGUCAUAACCACAGAGCUGCCCUCCCACAAAUCUACCAGAUCCCCUUUCCAGCUUCCCAAGUGGAGCCACCAAGGAUUAUCCAGCAGGCUAUGCCACCUCAGCCUGCCACCAUCAUCCAGCAGCUGCCUCAGCCAUCSCCUGUGAUCUCACAGAUUCCCCCAGCCCAGCCCUUCACAGUGCCACGCUCUGGGAGCAUUAAAGAAGACAUGGUGGAGAUGAUGCUGAUGCAGAACGCUCAGAUGCACCAGAUCAUGAUGCAGAACAUGAUGCUGAAGGCCCUGCCACCCACAGCACUUGCACAGCUUGGGGGAGCCGGCUCUGCCCCGCUCCAGCACACACAGCAGGACCUCCAGCACGGACCCCUGGCUGUGAAAGCAGAGAGGCCCGUGGUGCACCACCAUCACCAUUACCCUCCCACAGGGGUGUUCCCAGUGCCCCCCAGCAGCUUCCCAUCCACACCCCCAGCGCAGCAGUGGAGCAGCAGCUCUGCCCAUCCUGUGUGGCCCACAUACUGA